UGUCAAGUGCGCAUGCGCAAUGCGAGCACGACUAACUUGAAGCGCUAAUACCGACUACGCUGCACCGCAACGAGGAGGUUACAGCCAUACAGAUAUAAUGGGAAAGAAACAGAAAAAUAAGGGAGAUGACGGUGCCAAAGACGACGGAGUUGACAUUGACGCACUUGCAGCUGAAAUUGAAGGAGCAGGAGCAGGCAAGGAGCAGAGUAAAUCAAAGAGCAAGAAAAAGAAAGAAAAGAAAGAUGACUUUGAUGAGGAUGACAUCCAGAAAGAACUGGAGGUACUCUCAUUAGAAAACCAAGGAGAAAAAUGUAAAGAGGCAGAAAAGAAAUCCGAUUCAGUAGCGGAAGCUGAACCUGAGCCCACUCUGAGUAAAGCAGACAAGAAGAAGGCCAAGAAGGGUAAAAAGGCAAAUCUGGAGGAUGAGGAAGGUGAUGAAGAUCAGGGUCAAAACGACAUGGAAAACGAGAGCAGGACGAAAGACACAAAGACGGUGGCGUCUCCCACUCCUGCUGGUCCUGCUUCAGACUCUGAGGACGAGGGCUCACAGUCAUGGCAGAAACCUAUGGCUAAAAACAAAGGUGGCCAAAAGGGUGUGUCUGACUUGGAGGAUGAUGAAGAUAGUGGUGCGAAGAAGGGUGGAGGAGCGGCUGACAAUGAUGAAUCAGACGAUGAUUCUCAAGCCGCACACAAGAAGAAAGUAAAAGCCAAAGCCAAACCAGCCAGUGAGGAAGAUGAAGGCGAAGAAUCAGCCUUCAAGGUGAAGACAGCCGCGCAGAAGAAAGCAGAGAAAAAAGAGAGGGAGAGGAAGAAGAAAGAGGAGGAGAAGGCCAAGCUGAGGGCUAAGAAAGAGAAAGAAGAGGAGGCCUUAAAGAAGGAACCAGGGAAACCUGCUACCAUACCUUCAACAGAGAGCAAGAAAAUCGAAGCAGCGGCUUCAGUGGAGCAGGAUGCAGCUGAUGUCCAGGGAGAAGAGGAGGCUGAGGGUGAUAAAAAGAAAAAGGACAAGAAGAAGAAGAAAGGCGAGGAGAAAGAGAAGGACAAGAAAAAGGGUCCCAGCAAAGCAACUGUGAGAGCAAUGCAAGAGGCCCUGGCCAAAAUGAAGGAGGAGGAGGAACAAGCCAAAAGAGAAGAGGAGGAGAGACAGAGACGACUGGAGGAGCUGGAGGCUCAAAGACAGGAGCAGGAGCGUCUAGAGGCCGAGAGGAAAGAAAAGAAGAAACAAAAGGAUAAGGAGAGAAAAGAAAGGCUAAAGAAGGAGGGAAAGCUCCUUACCAAGACCCAGAAAGAGGCUCGAGCCAGAGCAGAAGCCACGCUGCGAGCGCUGCAGGCUCAGGGUGUUGAAGUGCCAUCCAAAGACGCAAUGCCAAAGAAGAAGCCUGUUUACUCUGAUAAGAGAAAAAAGAAGCCAACAGCACAAACUCCUGAAGAAACUUCAGAAGUGGCAUCACCCACAAUAGAGACACCUCAGCCAAUCACAACAGAGAUGGAAGUGGGCAAACCUGAGGCGGAGCAAGUUAAGGAGCCGAAAGCAGAGGCUGCUGAUCUGGACGAUUGGGAGGCCAUGGCCAGCGAUGAGGAGAAAGAGAUGAAGAAGGUUCACAUCGAGGUGAAGAAAACUACUCCGGCAACACAAAAACCUGCUGAAGACCCAGAGAAUGGAAGUGAGGAAGAAGAGGAUGAUGAAGAGGAGGAUGAUGAUGAAGAGGAAGAAGAGGAUGAAGGAGAGGAGGAGAGUGAGGAUGAAGAGGACAAAAAAGACAGCAGUGUCAAGAUGACCACAAAUAAAGCAAGAAAAGAGCCGAGCUCCGAAUCGAGCAGCGAGAGCGAAUCGGAUGAUGACCGAAGCAAAGAGGAGAUACUUUAUGACAAGGCCAAGAGACGCAUAGAAAAACGAAGGCAGGAAAACCUGAAGAACAUUAAUUUUGACAAGCUCCGAUCUCCUGUGGUUUGUGUACUAGGUCAUGUGGACACAGGGAAGACCAAAAUCCUGGAUAAGCUGAGACACACUCAUGUUCAGGAUGGUGAGGCUGGUGGGAUCACACAGCAGAUCGGAGCCACUAAUGUGCCCCUGGAAGCCAUAUUAGAACAAACCAAGAUGGUGAAAAAUUUUGACAAGGAGUGCGUGAAGGUUCCUGGCAUGCUCAUUAUUGACACACCUGGACACGAGUCCUUCAGGUACACACUGUACUUAUUAUUUUUGUGUGUAAAAAAUCCAUAUGAGAAGCAUAAAGAAGUGUCUACGGCUCAGGGAGUCAAGAUCUUGGGGAAAGAUCUGGAGAAGACGCUGGCAGGACGAGUUGAUCCGGGAGCUGAAACAGACUUUGAAUGCCAACAGAAUCCGUAUGAGAAGCAUAAAGAAGUGUCUACGGCUCAGGGAGUCAAGAUCUUGGGGAAAGAUCUGGAGAAGACGCUGGCAGGUCUGCCUCUCCUCGUCGCUCAUAAAGAGGAUGAAAUUCCAGUCCUGAAGGACGAGUUGAUCCGGGAGCUGAAACAGACUUUGAAUGCCAUAAAGCUGGAGGAGAAGGGUGUGUAUGUGCAGGCCUCCACACUCGGCUCUCUGGAAGCUCUGCUGGAGUUCUUGCGUACAUCCAAAGUACCUUAUGCUGGCAUCAACAUUGGUCCUGUCCACAAGAAAGACGUCAUGAAAGCUUCCACUAUGUUGGAGCAUGAUCCACAGUAUGCAGUGAUCCUGGCGUUUGAUGUGAAAAUAGAGCGAGAUUCUCAGGAGUUGGCCGACAGUCUCGGUGUGCGCGUUUUCAGCGCUGAGAUCAUCUAUCAUCUGUUUGAUGCCUUCACCAAAUACAGAGAAGACUACAAGAAACAGAAACAGGAUGAAUUCAAACACAUAGCUGUGUUCCCCUGUAAGCUGCGUAUAUUGCCCCAGUUCAUCUUCAACUCCAGAGAUCCCAUUGUCAUGGGCAUCACUGUGGACGCUGGAGUACUGAGAACGGGCACUCCUGUGUGUGUGCCCAGCAAAGGGUUUGUAGAUAUUGGCAUUGUGACCGGUAUUGAAAUAAAUCACAAGUCUGUAGAAAGUGCUAAGAAAGGACAGGAGAUCUGUGUGAAAAUAGAGCCGAUUCCUGGAGAAUCACCCAAGAUGUACGGCCGACACUUUGAGGCUGUAGACAUCAUUGUUAGCAAGAUCACCCGUCAGUCAAUCGACGCUCUGAAGAACUGGUUCAGAGACGAGAUGCAGAAAUCAGACUGGCAAUUAAUCAUGGAACUGAAGAAAACCUUUGAAAUCAUCUGAACACACCAGUGACUGUAACUGACUGAUCGUAGAUCUAAACGACCCCCAUGCACACAUACAAAUGCUAUACGUUGUUCACUCCUAAAGGUCUCUUGUGAUUAUGGAGUCAUCGGUGUUGCUCAUACAUUUAAGGACAUUUGUACUCCGACACAGCCUUGCACAGUCCUGUAUUGAGGACUUGUUUCUCGUGUGCAUGGGCGAACACUCACACCACUCCCCUUUUCUUCUCCAAGUCUUUUUGGGUGGUGGGGAGUGUUGGACACACAAAAAAAAAAGAUGGAAAAAAAAAGUGGGGGGAAAAAAGCAAGGAAACAAGUUUUUCUGUGAGAAACUGAAACUUUUACCACUGUUUUAAACAGUGACAGAUGUUAGAAAAUGUUAGACAACCUAUACAAUUAUUCCAAACGUGCCUGUUCUCUCUGAUCAAUCCAGUUUAUUUUUCUUUCAUUUCAUGGUAUUCUCCUUAAAGUUCACUGUAUGGCUGGAGUUAACUUGAGCCGCUGGUUUAGACCUGAGGUCUGACCUUAGAUUUACAUUGAGGUUUAAAUCAAAAGUUAUAAAGUGAAGUCAGUGUGGCUUUCGUGAAUGACUGAUGGAGAUUUUGCUAGUAUUUUAGAUAUCAAAAAACAUUUACCUUAUCAGUAUUUUCAUUUGCCCUGCUUUUUUUUUCCUUUCUGGAGUGCAGUUCUUAAAUGGUCCUUUUUAAAGCUAUCCUCUCCCAGCCAGAAACGGACUCCCGUCCUCUCCCUCCCUCGAGUUUCCUUUGUGCCCACUGACACCUUCACCCAGAGUGUGUGAACUUGUAUGAAAGGCCCGGCCCUUCCUCAUUUUGAAUAUGAAAUAUCAAGAGAAAUUGACACAUGAAAAUCAACAAUAAAGAGAUGGCCUAUUUAUAGGUGAUGUUCUUAAGUUUUGUUUUUUUGUGAUAAAUACACAGGUGAAUCUU